AGAAAAAGAAGUGGGGUUGUGGGUAAUGAUGUCUUUUAAUAACUAUCCGCGCUUUCGCUUACUUGAUAAAGAACUACAUAUCCCAUACGUCGUCACUACAUCUGAUUGUAGUUUGUUGUGAACCCGCAAAACUGAAAAGCAAGUGAUGGAGUUUCCUGAAGACUUUAACCAGCUUGAGCUUCUGAAUACACAUGGACAUCUGAUCCCCCGAGGGGCCAGCAGCCUGUGGACCGGAAGCAAGGAUGAUGAAGAAGAGGUGGAAGAAGAGGAUGAGGGGGAUCGAAGUGAAGAGUGGUAUCUAGAAAAAGAGGAAACCCUCAAAGACAAACCAAAAGAACUCAUUCUGUGGGCAGCGGAAAACAAUCGCCUUCCGACAGUCCACAAGUUGUUAGCUGCUGAUCCUUCGCUCGUGCACUGCUGCGAUGAGGACGGUUACACUCCACUGCACCGCGCAUCGUACAGCGGCCAUGUCGAUGUGGUGUCUGCUUUGCUCUCCACAGGGUCAAGGGUCAACCCUCGCACCAUCGACGGCUGGACGCCACUUCACAGCGCCUGCCGCUGGAGCCGGAUCACCGUGGUGAGCCUCCUCCUGCAACACGGAGCAGAACUGAACGCCCAGACCAAUGGCGGGCUCACACCGCUGCACCUCGCUGCUUCCCACGCCAGCUCUGUGAAAACCGACUCGGCCAACACGUUAGAGCUCCUCCUCUCUCAGAGACACCUGAAGCCGGGGCUUCGCAGCAGCAGCGGGGAGACAGCCAGUGAGGUGGCACGACGCAGUGGCCCGCAUCACUUCCUGUUUGAGAUGGUUGAAGACUGUGUCAAUGUGGUGCCCAUGUCAUGAGCAGGAAAAAAAGAAAAGCUACCGGCACUAUUUUCAUGAAACUAGAUGGAAGACAAGAGAAGACAAGUGUAUGCAUGGUGAUGUUUUAUUGCUUCUGACCUACUCUGUCAUCACUUUUAAUCAUAAAUAUAGCUGACCCCACAGCACAGCUUUUUAUAGCACUUCAACGUUAAAUUGGCCACAAUCAAAUUUAAUGUGUUGAGUUGUCUGACACAAAAAUAAUUUUUAAAGAAAGAAGUACAUAAAUACAAAUAUCAAUAUAGAUAGUGUGUAGAAGCUUAAGAUUAGAUUGUGUAGAUUUAUCCUACAAUGGGGAUGCUCACUUGUUACAACAGCUCGAGAUGCAACAGUACAGGAAAAGGAAUCAGAAAAAUUUUCACAAAGUUAAAUAGAAAAAAAAAUACAAAAACACAGAAUACAAUGAAAUAUUUACAAAAAUAAAACAAGUGAGUGACAAAGUGAUAGUUCAGGUAGUGCUGGAGUUAAACAGUCUGAUGGCUUUGGGGAUAAAUGAUCUGUGGUAGUGCUUCUUCUUAAACAGUGGGUCUAACAGCUUGGCUAACAUCCUCCUCUCACCCACCACCUAUAUGGAGUCCAGCGGACUGUUCCAGGACAGAGCUGGCCCUCCUAACUAGUUUGUUCACUCUCUUUCUGUCCUCGCCCAAUUAAAAUGGUUGCAAAUGCAAGCUUAUUGGUUUAUGAUUAUGGAUUGAAAUAGUGUCACAGUAUUCAUUUUUAGGGAGCUCUGCAAUGACUCCCAGGCAGUUGGGACAUAGAAACUCAAAAAGCAGAUUUGCCAGGUUCAGUACAAACUCGAGGGACUUGCAGUGACAGCCGGUUUUAUUGGAGCAAGUGUGAUAAGAACCAGAGGACCGCUGAAGCGAAGCACAUUUAUACAGCAGCAAGAUUCACAUAAGCGCCUUAUAGAUAAACAAAUACAAAUGCCUGUCGUGGUCAGAGACAGAAUACCAUCCAACUUUUUUUCAGGGAUGUGUGCUAUCGGCAUCACCAUUUAAAAUACAGAGAACAAAAAUCUUGCGGGCAGAAUGAUAAACGGUGAAGUCAGAGGCAUACCUACAGAUCAUAUCACCAUGAUCCAUUACAGAGCGGAAGACAGCUUCUGUAACCCUCUCCUACAAACCAUAGGUCAUUUAGUGCUGUUUCUAUAUCAGUGCAUUUGCUGAGCUAUUCAUAUUUUGUGUCUCUCUCAAUAUCGAUUCCUUGUCCUUGACAUUUAUGUCACGUUAUGAAUUCUUCUCAGUUUUACAUUCCUUCUAUACUUUUAGUUAACGCUGGCCCUCAGACGCGCCUCACAGAUUUGCCUCUGUUUGAUUGGCUUCUUUGUGCUUAAUCUCAGAAAAAUAGAGAAUUGUGUGCAACAUUAUGCAGCAGCUACGCACCUCUUGCCAUGAAACACAUUUCUGAAACUCUGAGGAGGUCACAGUGAGGGGAUUUCUUUUUUUAUCAAAGUCCAUCACUGCCGAUCGUGUUGGAGUUGAAAGAAGGGAACGUUUAAAUGCUCCAGGUCCUCAGAUGAAUGACUCAAGGAUUUUAAGAGCUAAGAAAUUACACACACAAGAUUCAAACAAGUCCUUGAGAAGAAGUCUAAAACAGGCUCUGACUGCUCUGAAAUAAAAUAUUUAGCUUUGCUGAGG